AUCCUCCACUGGCAGAAGGUCUAAUUUCCCCAAAAUGCUUUGCGUGAAAAUAACAAGGGAGUGGACUUUUACUUUCAAUAUCAUUCGCACUCUUGACUUUGGGCUCAGCCGUGGGCUAUAUCACAUCUUGUUUGCUACAAGACUCAGGCUACUGAAAAUAAUGUUUUUCUCUGACAUAUUUUUGGUUUUUUCUUUGAUGACCUUUCUGUGGGACUUCCAUGUGUCCAGUUGUGAUCCCGACUGUACAGAUAAACCUGAGUUCACUCCAACCAGACUGGUAGUGAAGUAUGGUGACCCAACCUCUGCCAGCUGCUCUGUAUGUCAGCAUGCUUGCCUCGGCGACGGCACCAUUUCUGAUGUGGAGAGCCCUGUUGGAAACUCAACAAAAAACGGAACCACAAUUUCAUGGACGAUUGACAGACUGACUGAAUGGCAAACAUCUCCCAUGUGCUAUUCUACCAACUAUACUGGUUACCAGUGUUGUAGCACCCUGCCUGUAACUGUGUACCAGCCUCCAGAUAGUGUUUCCAUCAGCUUUGUAAAUCACACUGGGCCGAUGUUUGAGGGUCAUCAGUACACUCUGCAGUGUACAGUAAAGGACGUUGCUCCUGUUGAAAAGCUCGUUGUGAUGUUCUACAGAGGACAGACAGCGCUGGGUCAACCUCAGUCCAACAACGACAUAGAGAAGAAACCAGUGACUGAGAGCUUCUCUUUAAACAUCACACUCAGUAAAGAUGAUGAUGGAGUCCAGUACUGGUGUGAAGCAAAGCUAGAACUGGGACCUGAUGGACCACAGCGCCCUCCAGUGGUGAUGUCAGAAAACAUCACUGCCACUGUGUACUAUAAGCCUCAACUAAAGUCAUCACAUUCAGAUCUAAUCACAGUCGCAGAAGGAAACUCUCUACAACUGAACUGCUUGGCUGUGGGAAACCCCAGCCCCAUGUACACGUGGACAUCACCUAUCCUUUACUACUCCAGUGGCAGCGUUCUCACUAUCGACUCUGUAACGUCUGAGGAUAAAGGGCGGUACACCUGUUCUGUCAGCAACCACAUGGGGACUGUCACUGUGACGUUUAAUGUGGAUGUCAAAGGUGAGUUUGAAGUGUUGCAGUUGUCUGCAGUAAGCUACGUGGGACUCAUUAUAGGUGUGAUUGCAGCAGUUGUUGUUCUGGUUGUCAUCUGUGUAAUAAUUGGAUACUCAUUUUUCUACAAAUCCAAUCGGAUGGGACAAUACAACCUGAAGGACGUUUUCUGUUUGCACACAAAACACUCUGCCGUGCCCUCUGUAGAGUAAGCCAUGUUAUCAGAAUCAGAAUCAGAAAAGCUUUAUUGCCAAGUACGUUUACACACACAAGGAACGUGUCUUGGUAUCGUAGGU